ACAAAAUGUUAACUGACAGCAAAUGUAUUGUUGCUGCUUUAAUCUCAUUGGUAUCACCUAACAAGCAACACAGAUGAUUUCACGUACAAGAAAGAGAAUAACAAGCAAACAUGGAUUCCUACGUUUGUAUUGCUUAUAGUUUUGGAUCACCUUAGAAGCAAAUGAAUUGCCUUUUAAUUAAACAUUAAAGACUGCUAUUGCGGUUUCGAUGUUUAAACCGAAUUUGCGCUCGUGCUGUGAAAAGAGAAAAACGACAGCCUAACAGUCUAUAAAGAGAAAGAACCAUUUGAGCAGGAUGUUACGGCUUGUACUUGUCCUGUUGUGCUUCACUACGAUUUGCUCAACUGAAGAGAACAUGACACACCUCAACGCUAAAUGCUCAUCUUCCCUGCUUAAAACAUUGCUUCGGAACUAUGAUAAGAAAGUUGUACCUAAAAUCGAUGGAAAGCCCGUAGAAGUGACAGUGCAGAUGGCGAUUAAAGAUAUGGUACCUAUAGAGUCUAUACACAUGCAUUAUUCGAUGGAUAUGUAUUUUCGUUUAUACUGGACAGAUCCCCGACUUGCAUUUGAGAACUUUACUCCGCCUUGCUCGAACUUAAGUCGUGGAAUGCUUGCUCCAAUUGCGUUUGCUGAAGGCAUCUAUAAACACAUAUGGAGUCCAGAUAUAUUCUUCCCCAAUGGGAAAAAAGGCCGAAUUCAUCAAGUGACGAAGCCAAACAGAUUACUUCGGUUAGAUCGAACGGGUUAUAUCUUUUCAAGUCGAAGAAUUACAGUCACACCUUUCUGCAGCAUGGACCUACAUAACUUUCCCUUUGAUAAACAAAUGUGUGAAUUUACAAUGUUAUCUUUUGGAUACGACUCCACACACAUGCGUAUUAAUUGGAACAACGCGUCUGGUGGGCCCAUAUUUGCUCCCGUGGACAAGAACAUGUUGGAGUACACGUUAGCUGGAAUAACACAUAACAGGACUGUUGUAAAUUACAAUGUGGCAGGUCAUAUUGACACCCUCAUUGUGACAUUCUAUCUCACAAGAAAUAAGCAUUAUUAUUUCUUACAAAUGUACUCACCAUGUAUAUUGAUUGUCACUUUGUCUUGGAUUGGAUUUUGGAUCGACUAUCGGUCAACACCAGCAAGAGUAACUCUAGGCAUAACAACAGUUUUAACCAUGGCUACUUUAGGAGACAGUAUUCGAGCAGCUCUACCACCAGCUAGUUAUACAAAAGCAUUAGACAUCUACGUUUCGAUGGCGUUUUGUUAUGUGUUUUUUGCUCUUAUCGAGUAUGCAAUUGUUGGAAUUACAGAUAUUAGAUGGAAAGAGAAAAUCACGAGAGCUUCAUCAAAGAAGCGUAGACGAAAACGUUUGUUUGAUCGACAAAAGGUUUCAACGAAUAGCAGAACAUCGAUCAUCUCCAUGAACGAUACAACAACUAGAUAUAGAAACGAUAGUUUUGUCAUUGAGGAAACUGAAAUUUCAAAUUUUGAAAUGAACAACAACACAAAACAAAUGCCACGCCCUGUCAGGAAGCACGUGUUAACACCCAACUUUGAUUUCGAGCAACAGAAUGAACUAGAAAAUCUUCAUAAAGAAAGAUUAAAGAAACAAAAUAUAAGCAAGAUGGGAAAGACAAAGAGGAUUAUAUCGAAUAAGAUAUUUGAAAAACAACUGGAAAACCUCGAAUCACACGUUAUCGAUCGAACAUCUCGUUACGUUUUUCCAAUAAUGUUUAUUAUCAGUAAUAUUUGUUAUUUUGCGUAUUAUUUGACACGGUGACGAUGGAAUUAUUUGUUAUUUUGCGUAUUAUUUGACACGGUGACGAUGGACGCUGUCAUUCCGACAGACAAAAUAAUGUGUAGAAUAUUCUUGUCAAAAAAAACACGCAUACUUUUCUUAUAAGAAUCUGCUGUGACAGUAAGAACUAUUCCAAUUUCAUAAAACCUUUCGCAGUAGAAAAUUCUUUUAUAGCGGACACCUUUUCACACUGGAACAGCUAAAACCUCACAUAGCAUUACCUUUAUGUAGCGCACACCUUUUCACAUUGGAACGGCUGAAAGUUCUCAUAGCAAAUCCGUCAUGUAGCGCACACCUUUCCAGACCGGUGUAAAAACCUCUCCGGUGCAGAACGGAUUUGUUAUAAGAGCUCUCAGCUAUUCCGAUAUGAAAGGUGUCCGCUACAUCAAGGCAUUGCCUUGAGAACUUUAGUCAAUCCGAUGUGAAAAUGAGCUGGGUACAUAAAGAAUUUGUUACAUGAUUUUAUCUCUUUCGGUGUGUUACAAGGCUUUG